UCGGCCAGUGUUUCGGUCAAUGUUGUUGUACAAAAUGAGAUGAGUCGUCUAUCGAAACCAUGGAUUUGUGGUUUGAAUGGGAAGAAAACAACGAAGAACGCUUCUCAUUUGAAGACAGUGAUAGAUUCGAAGAGGAUUCAUUAGGUUCCUGGAUCUCGGACCCUGAAAGUAUCUCAGCAAACUGGAGGGGAUGGAAGAGGAAUUCUCAAAUCGGCUCGACGAGCAGUUAUGAAAACGAAGCUCGAGUCGAUAGCUUGAUAGAAUUGUGUGCAAAAAAGGUGGCAAAGUGUAUUCCUUUUGAGACCGUGGAGCAUACCUAUCCACAAACUUCAGAACAAAUUCAAUUGAGGAUAGCUUUUUGGUCUUUUCCUCAAGUAGAAGAUGAUAUACGGCUAUAUUCUUGUUUGGCGAAUGGCUCGCCGGAGGAGUUUUUGAAAGGAGAGCACCUCGUCAAGGCUAAAGCAGUUAGAGAUGUCCUACAAAUUGGUUUUCACCUCAGUGGGACAAUAAACCAACAACACAGCCCUAUUCAAACCAAAGGAAUGUUCAACGUAGCUGUAACCUUUGACAGAGGCCAUAUCACAUCAUGUUACUGCACAUGCUCACCAUCAGCAACAUGGUGCGCUCAUAUCAUUGCACUCUGUCUCUUUCGUAUUUACUACCCUGACCAAGUAUGUCUUAGAGCUCCUGUAUCUGAGUAUCUGUCGAGACUUUGCCGAGAUCAACUGCAGAAGUUUGCUCAAUAUUUGAUUAGUGAGCUACCACAACAGAUUCUACCAAUAGCACAAAGACUUUUAGAUGAGUUGUUGUCCUCUCAGGAGUCUACUAUUAACACCAUGUGUGGAGCACCAGACCCAACAGCUGGGCCUGCUGCUACAGACCAAAGCAGGUGGUGUUUAGAUGAAAAAGCAUUACAAGAGAGUGUCCGCAAGAUGCUUGUUAGAUUUUGUGGUCCAGGUCCACUUAAUGAUGUCAAUGCCUUUUAUAUGUCUAACACUGCACCACCAACGGCUGCUGAAUGGUCAAAUCUUCUAAGACCCCUUAAAGGUCGUGAGCCAGAAGGGAUGUGGAACCUUCUUUACAUUGUCCGGGAACUCUUCCACAGAAGUGACUCUAAUGCAGUCAGUCUUCUUUCUACUCUUACAGAGGAAUGUCUAGCUAACGAUCAAGUUGUUAUCUGGUGGUUUGAUAGCCGCAGUCAAGCAUCCAGUUCAUCAGCACAUCGUAACCAUGGUAAUGGUUACCGUAACAACACCAAUGCUGCUAGCACUGAAGCCACGAAGCAUGCCUGUGCUGGGUUUUGUGAUGAAUUGGUUGUUCUUUGGAGGUUAGCAGCUCUUAAUCCUAAACUUUCUAAUCAAGAGAGAGCAGAAUUGAAGCUAAGACUGGAAGCAUGGCACCAGAAUGCUGUAGACAAAGCCAGAGCUGGUCAUGGUGCUGGAUUUGAAGCUGCUGUCUCAUGCUUUCCUGGAUUUCUUCCUGCCAUUGAGGGCUGCUCACUUGAUUGGAGCAACGUCAACCUUUCCUCUGAUAAUGAAAAACCUAAUACUGAAAUGUCUGCUGAAGUUCAGACCGUCACACUUACUUGUGGAGGAGAACAGCUACCACUUCUAGAUGCUAAACAAACCCUUCCUACCUGUCUGUCAGUCUGUUCUGGUUCCACUUCUGAUGAACAGAAUCUAGUUUGUUCAUUAACUUGUAUUCCAGAGGAAAGAAGUGCAGAACCAGAAAUAAUGAAGAAAGACACAGAAUUCCCUGAUGUUACGCCUGUUCCUCUCCAUAAAAUCAAUGAAGAUCUAGAAGACCUCUGCACUCGUGCAGAAGCCUUGCAUGUCCACGGGUAUCCAGAUAAAGCCAGAAAACUAGCUGUGAAACUGGCUGAGACAAUCCUCAGCAGUGAGACUCAGCUUGAUAUGAAUACUGCAAAGAACAAGAAUGCCAAACCACUGUCUUUCAGUAGCACUACACUCGUCAAGGCUGCAUUUUUAUGUGGGGUGUUAGCUGAAGAUCCCCACUGCCAUCACUUAGCUUUUAGAGUUGGAAUAUUUGGUCUUGAAAUGCCUAGACAGCCAGCUAAGAGCAAAGCUUUAGAGGUGAAACUAGCCAAUCAGGAAUCCGAACUCUUUGCUCUUCUCAAGAAGCUUCCUCUAAGACAGGAAGAGAUGAUGGUGGUCAGAGAAAAGGCAAACUUGAUCUGUCAAGGCAAGCUUCAGAGAGGAGGGGCCAUUCUGCCUAUCAUGUUAGCUACCUUUAUCUUUGAAGUACUGUGUUGUCCCAACUCUCCAAAGAAGGAUGGUACGACUGUUGAUCAGGGCAAAAAACUGGAUGAGGAGAUAGGCUACAAGGCUGCAGUCUGUGCUCUAGGUAUGAAACCAAAUGUUCUAGAAACUACCUAUCCUAUUCUCUGUGAAGGUAUAAGAAGACAAAGAGGGGACCUAGCAAUUGCCUUGUUAGAUUAUUGCAAAGAUGUACCCUCUAGACUAAAAGAGGUGAAAGCGGUACUCUUAGACAAAAGCAGAUAUGAAGGCCCAAGCUUUGUGAGUGAGGCUGAAAGACACAACGAUGCAUCCCACAAUGACAGUUACAAGAAAAAGUCUGAUGAUACUAAUAGUGGCCCAAGGUAUCGAGGAGGCUUUGGUGUGCCCAGCAGACGAGGAAGUAGCAGUCAGAGUUCUUCAAAUACUAGUGACAGCGGCACAGACAACAGUAGUCGUGGAAGCUCAGGACACAGUCGGCCAAGAGGUAGAGGUGCUGGUGGAAAAUCCCAGUCGAAAGUCACGGUAACGGUGAACGAAGUGAGAAGAAAUGAAGAAAGUGGUAGCUCUAGUGGCGUUGACACUGAUUCGGCUGUCAAUCAUGGAAGUGCCUCUAGGGAGAGCAGUGCUCCUCACAUUAUUUCUGCUCAAGUUGUUGCUGUUUGUCACCCCGGCCCUCGAGGUUCUUCUAAUGCGGGUAGCUCUCGAAGGAAUCAUGCGAGUGCUGCUUGUGGAAGUAAUUCACCUGCUCAUCAUGCAUCAGGUUUUAGGAACAACUCAAAAGAAUGUGAUGUGGACAGAAAACACAAGACAUUCAGCCAAGAAGGUGCAUUGGAUACCUCAAGGACUGUCAAUCCACAGAGAACAACUGGUAGGCCUACAUCAGAUCUCGAUGGAUCAGACAUUGAAGAAGAUAUUGAUGAACCAACAAGUGAGUCAGGGGGAGUCUCUCUCCCCCCUGAUAAUAACAUCACUGCUAAGUUAGUUAGUAAAAUUACAAUUCCAGUAAGUCGAAAUCCCAGUGAAAGCCAUCCAUCAAGGGACAAUGAGUCAAGACACGCACAUUGUAGGUCAAAAGAGCAAGAUGAUGAUGGUUUCAGUGGUUCGCCGUCCAGGUCCUCUCCUAGUGAUCUAUCAUCUAGCAACACCUCGUCUUCAAGUUCAUUUGGGGUCCAGAAAAAGAGCACUGACACUUCCGGUGCGGUGGUUGAUGUGCGCUCACUUUCAACGUGUUCAAGCAAAACGAACCAAAAUGAUGGUAUAAUAGGAAAUGCAGGGAUGUUACCAACUGCUACUGUCAAGGAUUCUACUGCACUUGAAAAGGAAGCAGUCGUUUCUCAAGAUCUGACCUCAAAUACUGAAGAAGUAGCCAUCGAUCAGAAUGGAAGUCCACCUUGCGAGGUAGGAGCCUCCGCUUCUCAAGACAGCACGUCCCAAGCAUAUCCCAAGGUUGAAACAUCCGUAACAUCAUCUUCAUUGACUCAAGCAUCAUCUAAUAAGACUGAAGCCUCCGGUGUUGAGGUGGAGGCAUCGUGUUCUGUGUCCUCAGCCACAGGAAGUCCAGCUGAAGGAGCUGCUUCCUCUAACAUGGAGGCAGCAGCUGCAGUAGCCUUGCCUGCAGCAGAAUCAGCAGCAAGAGUUAGUGUCGACGACACGGAUGGAAACCAAGGACGUAACAGACGACAGGGCAGAAAGAAAAACAGAAAAAAGAAAGGUAAAAAAUCUGCUGUGAAUCAAGCCACAGAAGCAGAAGCGCACUUCAUGUUUGAACUGGCCAAAAGAGUCCUUAGUAAAGCUGGUGGUAAUAGUAGUACCUCGGUGUUUAGUCAACCUUCAACCAGUACCAACCAUGCUGGGCCACAUCGUGGAUUACAAUUAUGCGCUUUUGAAAUGGGUUUAUUUGCGCUUGGACUUCACAAUCGUACGUCGGUUAAUUGGCUAUCUCGGACGUAUUCAUCGCACGUGUCGUGGAUAUCUGGACAGGCCAUGGAAAUAGGAAGCACUGCUAUACAACUUCUUAUCGAGAGAUGGGAAAGUAAUUUAACUCCAUCUGAAGUGGCUUCUAUUGCAGACAGGGCAUCACGAUCAAAUGAUCCUGCGAUGGUACGGGCAGCUGCUGAACUAGGGCUGUCGUGUCUGCACAUGGCACAUACCUUGAACCCAGGGGAGAUUCAACGAGGUCUCCUUCAAUGUAGAGAUGAAGACACACAGCUUUUAGAUAGAGCUUGUCAAGCUGUUGAAAGUGCUGCUAGAGGUGGUGGGGUGUAUCCUGAAGUCUUGUUCGAUGUAGCUAGACACUGGCACUACUUGCAUGAACAGAGCCAGGCUGCCACCCCGAGGUCCCAUAAAGAAGGCUCCCGAAAUAGGGGACCCCAGUCUGCACGCACUCAGCAGCAGCCUGCUCCCUCGACACAACCACCAACCAUCAAUCCUUUCCAAGCUCCACUAGGAGGGCACCCAAGCUUUAACUCCCUCCCCCCUCCUCCUUAUCAAACACCGGAACAGUAUGUCCAGUUACAGAUGCAUCACCAAGUACAUCAAAUAAUGAACCAAGGGUGUUAUCCGGGGGGAGCCUCCUACAGACCUAGCAAUCAAGUCAAUUACGGAUACCCUUUUAUCUCAAGGCAGCAUCAUUCAAACCAGUAUGAUAUAUCAAGCGGUAGUGGUGGUCUCCCCCCUCCGUACCAAACAGCUAGCCCUGCAGUGUGUCAGUUUUCCAGUAGGUCAUUUAAUCAACAGCAAGGAGUUCCAGUUUCAUAUUACUUAAACAACGCGUACAGAGUCGGUAUGCUGGCUCUAGAAUCGUUGGCGCGAAGAUCCCCCGAUGACCGUCCGACUGUGAAAUACUCACGUAGCCCACCUUGUAGUGAUGAUAUUAGAUGGCUGUGUUCACUAUCAGCGAGACUCGGUACAUCUUAUCUUCACCGGUUCUGUGUCUCUGCUCUCAAUGCAGUAGUUAGUCCUUUUGUACUGCAUGACCUUGCUCUAGAGGCUGCGCGGCACCUCGCUCGGUCCAACCCAGCACAGUUGGCCAUUAAUCUGCGAUCUCCAAAUAUCAAUCCAUUGGUUCAGAAAAGUCUUUCCAUGUAUGGCCAGUGCAUCCAUCAUCACCUCAUGGUCAUGGCACAGUCUGAUCAUGAGGAUUUUGUCGAACUGUUAAGGCACGCCAGGGGUGCGUUUUGUAUGGUGCCUGGUGGAAUGAAUCAAUUUAAUGAGCUACUUCAAAGUAUUCGGCGGAUGUACCCUAAGAAGAAAGACUUGUGGCAGAAAAUCAUGACAGGACUAGCCAAGGCGUGACCGACGAUGUAUCUAGUUAUUGAAAUAUUUAGUGACUUAACGGAAGUCACUCUCGCAAGUUAAUAGAACGUUUAUGUCGUAUCGCAAAAGGAGAAGAUCUUUGGUUGAAGAAUAUUGUCGACUAGAUAAGGCAUGGACGAGAGUUGAACAUUUGGUGCAAGCAAUUAAUUAUUGCACCCCAAGAAGGUUCAUGAUUUAUCUAACGUGUAACUCGGCGACAAUAGAGGUUUUGAACUAUCACGUGACGGCAGCCAUGUUAGAUGACAGGAACAAUAUAAUCAUUUUACAUGAGAAAGAAUUUAAUUCCCAAGAGCAACGGGAUUUUAUUGUUCUGCCAUCUAACCACAGGCAGCCCAAGUUGUAUUGUGGACGUCAGCACGUCAUGGUGCAAAACCUAUAUUAACCUUUCCGAAAUGUAAAGGAAGAUUCAGUAAAGACCUGUGAUACAAAGGAUUGUGGGAAUGAAUGAGGGGACGAGAAGAAAAAGCUCCACCAUCUCGAGUCACCAAACUGCCUUUGAAUUUCGUAAAAAUAUAUCGAACGAUUUCCUUCAAAGUAAUUCAGUAAAGAUUGACCUAUACAUCUACUUCAAUAAAUCGGUUGACGGUUGGAGAUCUGAAAUCUGAAAUCCGAGCAAGUAACACGAUUCAAACUUGAAUAUUUCACGGCCGAACAACGUAGUUUUCUUUUAGAUUGGAAUAUGAGGCAUGAUCUUUGUUAGAAAUCUGAUUUUUCGUAUCUUGGCCAUAAAACAUGAUAGUCGACUCAGACACACCUCGGAGCGUCAUCGUCUUUCGAAAUAGGUGUAUCAAUUCAUUGACCAAAGUGUUCGUGUUAAAUGAUUCUUGUACGCUUUAAAGAAUUUAUUGAUGUUUAUUAUGAAGAAAAAUUUAGAAAAUGAGAUUAAUAAAUAAAGACUAUUCUUGAGAUAUUUUCUGAAGUUAUCAUUAUCUGAACAUUUGGAAGUGAUGGUACGUCGUGAAAAUAUAGCACGGAUCAAGCCGUAUUACACAGAAGUUCAUGGAUAACAUCUGAAAUGAAAAAUAAAAUGAAUGAUUGUAGCGUGAA